AUGAGUACAGCUUGUAAAGUUUCUCUGGCUCUGUUGUGUUUAUUUGCUGUUGCGUCAUUCUUGGUCUUGACAGCCGUGGCGGGCAACAAAACCAAACAAACCUCGAGCAAUAUGGUGAGUCAAUUAACUUUCUGCGCGGGACCAUGCCUGAUACAACCGGAACAAAUGAUAGCGCAAAAACUUCAAGAACAGAACUUUACAUUUUGCGCAAUCCAAUAACUGCUAAAGAGUACUUUUCUGCGAGUAUUUAUCUCUCGGUCGACGUGAAGGAAUGUCUAAACAAUGGAUCGCACCUUUCAAAAAUCGUGAAAAUCGUGAUAAGGUUGCAAAGCUCAGAGAUAAAUGUGUAACUGUUUCAAUUUAAAUUCCGAUAAUUUAGAAAAAACUGUUAGUAACAAUUCAUAAUAAAUGACGACAACUACUACUAAACCCGGAUAUGGGAGAGGUUCCUUUCAAAAAUAGAAUAGUUUCCAUGACUUUAACAAAGUCUCGCUCUUUUUCAGCACAAAUAAUUUAGAAAGAGGUUUUAGGAAAGUUCUUAAAUCCAUUAAUAUCAACUAACUUCGUGUCUCGAUUAAAUUGUAUGUCUUGACCGUAUAUCUAACUCGAUCUAACGAUGCGUUAAUGUAAAUUUUCUCCACAACACUUAACACAACGAGCAAAAUAGAGUUGGGAAACAGGAAACGAAGGGGUAAAAUAUUUUAAGGUUAUUUGCAGACAUUAUGAGAUAUUCGUCAGAACGUUUUAGGGGUUUAUUUUCCGAAAGGCUAGUGGGGGAAAAGGAAGGGGGUUAAAUUGUUUAAAGUGUGUCAUAAAGGCACACUACUUUUAUUUCUUUUUCUUUUUUUUUUUCCCUAGAGGUGGCUAAGCAUCGCCGAUGAGACUAAAUCACCGAGGGAGUUAUUUUGCUCAACGCACAAUAACACUUUUUAAAGUAACUUUUUGUUUCUCUCUCUAGCAAUCUCCCCCAUUCUGCGGGUCUGGUGGUAUUCCAGGCAUGCACGGGUUACCAGGCCGUGACGGACGUGAUGGCCGACAAGGAGCGAAAGGUGACCCGGGAAGCCCGGGAAAGACUGGGCCUAGGGGACCUGCUGGUGUAAAUGGAAAAGAAGGUGUCAAAGGAGAGCCUGGUGUACAGGGCCCACCUGGUCCAAAAGGGGAGCGUGGACAAAGUGGACAUCCUGGGAACCCAGGUCUGAUGCCUUUUAAGAACUGGAAAGAGUGCGCAUGGAAUAAAUUGAACGAUAACAAAGACAAUGGUUUAAUAAAGGUAAAGGUUAAAAGAUUUACAAAUGAUAUUUAAUAUUACAUAGCAAAGUUUACUUUUAUAACCAAAUGAUUUGUCUAUUCAAAGUUAUUUCCUGCAUAUUUUAUAGGAAUGUGUCUUCACCAAGAACUUUUCUGACACCGCUCUUCAUGUGGCCUGGACUGGUGCCCUUAGAAUCUACAAGUGUACAGGCUGUUGCAAACGCUGGUACUUCACUUUCAACGGCGCAGAGUGUUCAGCUCCCUUGCCCAUUGACGGUAUUGUGUACAUGUGGCAGGGCAACACUCAAAGUCUUCACCGAGUCCGCCAUAUUGAGGGGCACUGUAACAACAUCCACAAAGGAAAGGUGCGCGUGGGAUUCUGGGUUGGUAAUUGUCCGAGUGAAAAACCUGGCGACGCCUACACAGGCUGGCAAUCUGUGUCCCGGAUCUUCAUUGAAGAAGUUCCUAAGGCUCAGGCCUAG